AGGAUACAAUGGCAAUGCCGUGCGUCCGCCAUUCACGCUUUUUACCACGCGGUUCUGACACGAGUGUUAUCGGAAGGAGUCCUCUGUGAAAUUCCCCGGUUCCUCUCUUGGCUCCGGGAUGUCUCCCAGCCAACCGCUACCACCAAAAGAGAAUGCCCUAUUUAAAAGAAUAUUGAAAUGCUACGAACACAAACAAUACAAGAAUGGGUUAAAAUUUGCCAAGCAGAUUUUAACCAACCCGAAGUUCGCGGACCAUGGAGAAACGUUGGCUAUGAAAGGGCUGACUCUGAACUGCCUAGGGAGAAAAGACGAAGCUUAUGAAUACGUUCGGAAAGGGCUCCGGAACGACCUCAAGAGCCAUGUCUGCUGGCAUGUGUAUGGCUUACUACAGAGGUCAGACCGCAAGUACGAUGAAGCCAUCAAGUGCUACAGGAAUGCUCUCAAAUGGGACAAAGAUAAUAUUCAGAUUCUUCGGGAUUUGUCACUGCUUCAGAUCCAGAUGCGGGAUUUGGAAGGAUAUAGGGACACUAGGUACCAAUUGUUCAUGCUGCGGCCAACACAGAGGGCAUCGUGGAUUGGGUUCUCGAUGUCGUAUCACUUGCUUAAGGACUACGAUAUGGCGCUCAAGAUAUUGGAAGAGUUUAGGAAAACACAAACAAAGCGUGGGUACGACUACGAACACAGUGAACUAUUGCUCUAUCAAAACAUGGUGAUGCGAGAGGCUGGCGAACUAGAUGAGGCACUUGGCCAUUUAGCACGCAAUGAGGAGCAGAUCUGCGACAAGCUGUCUGUGCUUGAAACAAGAGCAAACCUGCUGAUGCAGGUGGGCCAGUAUACAGCGGCCGAGACAAUAUACAGGGAGCUGUUGAACAGAAAUCCUGAGAACCACGAAUACUAUCAUGGCCUGAUGAAAGCACUACGGCAACAGGGUGUUGAAGAUGAACUCAAGCUGUUUGAGGAAAGCCAGGAGAAGUUCCCCAGGGCACAAACGCCUCGGAGACUGCCACUCAAUUUUGCCACAGGUGAAACGUUUCGCACACUAGUUGACAAGUACAUGCGGAAAGCACUUCACAAAGGUGUACCGCCACUCUUCGUGGACCUUAGGCCUCUCUACAAGAGUCCAGAAAGAGUAAAAAUUAUCGAGCAGUUGCUGACCGGUUAUAUUAGUUCACUAAAGAAGUACGAGGUCUUUUCUGAAAAAGAAAAGGACUCAGACGAAAAGGAACCUGCCACGGCGCUCUUGUGGACUUACUACUAUGCAGCACAGCACUACGACUACCUGGGCUGCACUGCCAAAGCUUUAGACCUCAUAAAUGCGGCCAUUGAGCACACGCCAACGCUCAUUGAGCUGUUUGUCUCCAAGGCUAGGAUAUACAAGCAUGCUGGUGAUAUCCAUGAAGCCUUGAGGUUUCUGGAUGAAGCCCAAGCUCUGGACACGGCGGAUCGCUACAUCAACUCGAAAUGUGCAAAGUACAUGUUGCGGGCAAACCUAAUCAAGGAGGCAGAGGACAUGUGUGCAAAGUUCACUAGAGAAGGGGUGUCUGCAGUGGAGAACUUGAACGAGAUGCAGUGCAUGUGGUUCCAGACCGAAUGUGCCAUGGCCUACCAGCGGUUAGGCAAAUGGGGUGAGGCCCUCAAGAAGUGCCACGAGGUGGAUAGGCACUUUUCGGAAAUAAUGGAAGACCAGUUUGACUUCCACACAUACUGCAUGCGCAAGAUGACACUACGUGCUUACGUGAGUCUCCUAAGGCUGGAGGACGUGCUCAGGGCUCAUCCUUUCUACUUCAAGGCUGCCAGGGUAGCCAUCCAGGUGUACCUUCAGCUUCACGACCACCCUGUUGCGGAAACGGAGGCGGCAGAAGAGAUCAACACGGCCAACAUGGCCCCUGGCGAGCUGAAGAAGCUGAAGAGCAAGCAGCGCAAGGCCCGGCGGCGAGCCGAGCAGGAGAAGGAGAAGCAGACGCUGGCGCAGGAGAAGCAGAAGUCCCGGCAAGCCCAGCAGGCGCAGCAGGCGCAGCAGCAGCAGGACGGCGGCGAGAUGGACGGCCUGCGGGACGAGGAGCUGCUGCCCGACAAGCUGGCCAGGACAGAAGAGCCGCUGGAGCAGGCAAUCCAAUUUCUGCGGCCACUGCAACAGCUGGGUGCCCAGCGGCUGGAGACUCACCUGCUGGCGUUUGAAAUCUACCUUCGCAAGAACCGACCCCUGCUUAUGCUGCAGUCCAUCAAGCGGGCUUUCCGCCUCGACCCUCAGUGCCCCCGUCUGCAUGCACACAUGUGCACUUUCCACAGCCUUGUCUCCCAAAGGAAGGACCUCCCAGGGCCUAUUGUGACUGUGCUGGAGAAAGAGAUGGCUGAACUGUACCAGUCAAAGAAUGCACAGCAGCUGAAUGAAGAGUUCCUGGCUCAGCAUUCACGCUCAUUCCCACACUUGCUUGAAGGCUGCCGCAUGAUGUACUUCCUGGACACAUCCACACAGAAGCAAGCUCUUCAGAUGGUGACAUCACUAAACAAUGACUUGGAAGGAGUCACUAUUGAGAACUGCUUGCGAACACUUGAGUGCCUGACCAAGGGAGACAUGGGUUCAUGUGAAGCGGAGCUGGCACUUUUCCGUGCUGCUUGCCACGAGCGCUUUCCUUUGGCCACCGCAUUCCGACCACCACAGUCGACAGUCAAUCACGUACGGCCAGAAGAAUGACCCCGGGGUCUCCGGCCGUGCCAUGCAAGUCCCCCCCUCAUCCAGUGCCUCUGCUAGGCGUGGUCCACAGGCACAGGCGAAGACGACCUCCUCUGCUCUCCGUGUGGCACCAGGCCCAGCCCACACACAGUGAGAGAGGAAAACUACCACCGUCGUAGAAAUCAUCUUCAAACUUGCUCCUCUCGACCAUGGCACCAUAUGUGGCUGUGAGUGUUUGGUGUCAUCGGACGAUGCUAAAAGCGCCGAAGCUGCAGAAUAAAAGGACGGUUUCCUUUUCAGACUCUGAACACCAAGGGUGGGAUUGUUCAAGUGUUUAGGACGGGGUAUACAUGUUUUUUGGUUAUUUUCUCCUUGGCAGUGAAAAAUGGACUGUACUGUGGCAUGCCGGAACAAAGGACCCCUUGCUGGGUGUAUGUCUUAGGUACCACCGACACUGUCAUGGCUCAGUGCGAUGGUCUACCUCUGGUAUGAACAGGUGUGCUGAACAGUCUGCCUUGUGUGCUGCGACGUCAGGAGGUCCAUAGUGGGACAGUUGUGUGGGCAAGCAGCAGCCUGUGGGAAAAGAGACAGCAUCUGUGACUGCUGUUAAAUAUUGGAGCUAUUCGUGAGACGUCCAUUGGCAUGGACGUCAAAACAGUUUGAAUUGGUGUACCAGUAGAGACGUGUUACAUUGAAUCAGAUGUACCUUUUCUGCAGUGAGAUUUCAUUUAUGACAACAGCAGAGAGUGACUUUACUUUUUAGCAAUGUUUGGAGAAGCACUUCAGUUGCAAAAGCAAUAUUAGAAAUGCAGUAAAAUCUUUUCCUAGUGAUGCAACGCUGGGUUACGGAUAUCGGCAGCAAUAGAAUUUCCUUGGUAAUGUUCUUGUAAAAAUUAUAUUGAUCUUAGUCUUCAAAAGGCUGUAACAUUGUCGGCCAUAGCUGUUGGUGUGUGUUGGCGCAUUCACUGGAAUGCAUGUCUUUAUAUCGGUGGGUCAUGACAGCAGCUGGACGUUUUUAAUUGGAAACCAAAGUAUACCUGUCUAGUGGCUUUGGGAGUGGCACAUUGUGGGCCCUCUGUGUUUCCCUUGUUUUAGGAAAGAAUCGCAGGUACACUGUGGAACAGUUGAGCAAACAAGGUAGGUUGCUAGAUAAUGCAGCAAAAGUGCUUGACAAGAAAAGUGUAUAAGCCGACUUCGUGUUUACAGUGAAAAGUAGCACAGACUGCCUGCUUAUGGCACAUUCUGUGGAUCUGUGUGGUAUGAAGCUGGUGCUGGUGCACUUGCAUUCCCUGAAUGCACACGACAACACUUGAAGGAAACUGUGUGCCGUCAGUAUGCUUGAGGACAUGCCCGUUCACGAAAGUCCAGCCUCACUGGACACUUGGAGACGCCUUUUGUACAACGCUUGCGCCCACACAACAUGCGGUCGCACGAAGGUCAUGUAUAACGACAUCCAGUUGAAGUCUGUCCUUGCGAUUGCGAGGUCUGUUAUUGGCUGCAACCUAGGGACCUUUUGUCCCUGAGUCAUCGCCUAGUUGAUUUCCUUGAGUUUUGACUCAUCCGCGUUCUUGUUCCUUCUUUAUUUUUUUUUUCUACGCGAAGAGUGAUUGGUGCCGUGUUUGAAAUAAAAAAAAUAUGCUGCAAUGA